GGCCGACUUUUGCCCUCCAUUCUCUUUCCUAGACGGGCGAUCUGCUGCACUUUGAGCCCGUCCUCAUUUACAUCGAGUAGUUUGUCAAUCAAUGAUUGCAAAUAUUCGACGUCAUGUGCAUAACGCACCUGAGGAUUAGAAUCACCUGACUCAGGUGCGUAAAAGACCAUGAGGCUACGGCGCCUCAGGUCAUUAGAUAUUGGUCUUGGUUUCUUCGAUGUUUGUACUCUCCAAUCGUUAUCCUCAGUUUGUUUAUUGCAAAUUGGAACUUUACUGUCAGCUGAACAUAUAGUAGGUCUUGAGGGAGAGUCUGAUGGAACUUUAGUACCUUGUUUCCGCGAUGGAUGCGAUGAGGUACUAGGCGUUGGCUGCUUCACUGACUGUGGUGAAACACAAGGCGAGCUGGGCAUUUUAGAGCACUUCGUUGUGCUGAUCCGCUUGUUAGACGUGUCCGUUUUAUUCUGCACAAGAUUUGCUUGGCAUUGCUUACAAACGGUCUUCAAAAAUUCGCUCUUAAUGCCCUGAAUUAUACGAAAUUGGUCUACAGUCAGACCAACGCACGAAAUAUGAAGCCUUGCGCUGCAGAGACUGCAUGAAAUCGCAUUAGCUCUAUGUCCGACGAUCUUGCAGCAAAUUCCACAAGGAGACUGCUUCGUCAUUUUAAAAAUAACUACGAUCGAUACGAGCAAAUGGGUGUAAUUAAGAGAUACAGAAGUUAUGCUGAAUUAUUACAGAUAGUUACGAAGUAUAACGCUAAAUGACUAGCUAGAAUUAAUUAUGUGAACUAGAGGACGACACUGUUAUAACAAUAAAAUCAACGAGAUAAAAUUGGUCUAACAGGAUAAGGGCACGCUACCACUAAGAUCGAAAAAUCGCUAGGAGGACAAAA